UCUCUCUCUCCAUCUCUUUUUUUUUUUUUUGGUAAACCUCCAUCUCUUUCUGAGACCGCAACAAUGGCGAUUAAGUUAGCUAUGGGGCUAAAAGUAGUUUUUCCGGCGAUGUUCUGUGUGAUGCUUGCGACCCUCAUCUACACCCUCUCUGUCGACGGCCUUCCCUUCCCCGGCCGCCCAGAUGUCUUCACGCCGUGGUUCGUUACCACUGUGGUGGAUUUCUAUAUUAACAUCGCACCUAUCGCGGUGUGGAUUGCGUACAAGGAGUCAAAUUGGUUACGUUCAGUUUCUUGGGUCAUUUUGCUCUUGUUAUUUGGCAGUCUCACGACAUGUGCUUACGUCUUCCUCCAACUUGUCAAAUUGACGCCUCAAGAAGCUUCUCAAGAUCCCAUGUAUCAUUUGUUGCUGCGUGAUUCAGACAGGGAUAAAACGGGUCGUGGAAACAAGAACUCCCCUGUUGUCACUGCGAGAUUUGUAUUUGGAGCCUUAGGAUGUUUAAUGCUUGGAACCUUACUCUACACUAUCUUAACAGACGGAUCUCCUUUCCGCAGAGAUCUUCUAUACCCGUGGAUGGUGGCAUUAUUGGUUAGCUUCUACAUAGAUGUGGUGGCUUUAUCAGUCUGGCUUGUUUAUAAAGAGUCCUGUUGGAUCACUGGAACACUCUGGCUUCUUGUGUCGAUAUGUUUGGGCAGCGCCGGCACCAGUGUAUACAUCGUAGUGCAGCUAUUGCGUCUUUCUUCCCAAGAUCAGCUGUACCUCGUUCUAUUGAGCAAUCGUAACCGGAAGUAAAGCUAAAGUGUGUAACAAUUUAUAUCUGAAAAAAAUCUCAUACCAAUUGGAAUUGGCAGUGCAGGAAGCGGGUAUGAGCGGACCACAAACAUAGAUACGUUGAUCACUUAAUUAUGGAUGCAAGAUCUCAUGAUUUGUUGCAACUCCCUUUAUCCAUCCCUACCAUCUAUAGUUUCCCUUCAUUGCUAUUCUACUUGUUUGUGUUACUACAAGAUCAUUGUAACCUUUUUUUUCAUCAGAAACAUACUGAAAUCAUCCAAAAUUGCAACCACUGUAACCUUAUAUAUAUAUACAUAUAUGGAAAGUGGGAACUAAGCCGCAUCUUCAGAAGCAGCAGAUGUACAUGUAAACUAUGUUUUGAAAUUUGUAAUAUAACUUUGGUUUCUCA